AUUAAUUGGAAGAAAGCGGUGAAUUGAUGCCGCCAUUUUGAAGGAACUGUGACUGAUACGGUAUGAUUUUGGGAGUGCAACCUUUGGCUUCGACUCCUUUCUUGCCCCUGCAGUAUCAUCGGAACCAUUCUGUACCUCCUCCCGCCUCUUCGACUGAAUCUUGGCAAUGCAAGUUAUCUUCGAAAAGACUGAGAAUCCGCGCAUUUGCUACCCAAACUUAUAACUUGAGUGCACACGAGAGCGAAUCUUGGGAGGCAUGCCGAGAAGCGCUCAGUCCCUUCAGAUUCAGCGCCGAAGAAGAAGAUGAGAUCCUGGGGAAGGCAUGUGGUCUGGUCCACUCCCCUUAUUGGAGCGAAGAACGGGAAAGGGAAGUUCCAAAGCUGGAAACUGUGAUGAAAACAUUAGAGUACUUGAGGAGCUUAACCCUCUCAGACGACAACGACGACGAUGAUGAUGACGUACGCAAGUUACUGAAGAAGUUCCCGGAAGUCCUGGGUUGCAGCCUCGAACGGGAACUGAAGAACAAUGUGCAGGCCCUGGAAAGGGAUUGGGGAAUCAAAGGGAAACCUCUGAAGAAGCUUCUUCGCCGGAAUCCAAAGGUGCUUGGGUUCAAUGUGGAUUGUAAGGGAGACUGUAUGGCCAAGUGCACCCGCUGCUGGGUACGAUUUUAGCUUUUGAGUCUCACAAUGAAUUAUGCUCUUCACUGUUCAAAAGAAUCACAUGAGUUUUUUGUAUAUUUUCAUUGAUUAUUUGAUAAAAUAAAAUAUUCUUAUCAUAUCUUGUUUUGUACUUCCUCUGUCCCAAAUUAAAUUGUCUGUUUACUGUUCUUAUGGUCAAACUUUAUUUACUUUUUCGAUAGUCAUUUGAUAAAACAAACCAGUCAUGUCACCACUAAUUUUGUAGUUCUAUUGAUGUGCCUCUUAAUGGUUCAGAUGUCUGAAUGGUUAAGAGAUUUGCCUCUGAAUGGUUAAGUAUUAUACAGAGUCUGAAUGGUUAAGAGCUCUUAUCUGAAUUGAUCAGACAUUUGCCUCUGAAUAGUUAAACAAUAUACUAGCUCUUAAUGGUUCAGACCUCUUACUGGUUCAGCACUUAAUGGUUCAGACCUCUUACUGGUUCAGCACUUACCCAUU